CCCUACAUCUGCCUGAUGGUUCAUCGAGAAAAACAACAAGCACAGUAUAAAAGGGGGGAGAAGCGGAGGAAGAGACUAGUUUUUGUUCAAGGAGCAACAGCAACACGAGCUGAGCAGAGGGAACAACACGUUUGUAUCAAAGGAUCUGGGCAGUGCUCCACGGGGAUGUGGGCGUGCCUCAGCCUGCUCGCCACUCUCUGCCUGCUCCAAGGGGGCGAGGCGAAGAAUGAUGGGGAUCUGUGUCAGAUGGCUCCGUCCUGGGGGAUAGGAGAUGUGGAGCCGAUGAAAGGCACGAUGGCCCAGGUGACUGUGGUGGUCCUUUUCCAUGCCGGCGUGGCGUUCUGCCUGGUCCAGGCUUCCAGAAUGGAAGACCUGCUCCAGAGCCUGGAGAAUCAGGGUCUGAAGGACGUGGUCUACAUGGUCGUCAACCACCAGGGGCAGGAAGCACAGCAGCUGCACGCCGUGCUGAGACAGAGACUGUCGGCGAACGUCACCCUCUACGAACAGAGCGACCAGCAGACCGAUGUCUGGUGGACACUGAGCGGAGAGGAGCACGACUUUCUCAUUUAUGACAGGUGUGGCCGGCUCACCGAGCACCUCUCCCUUCCCUACUCCACCAUCGGUCAAGGCUUUGUCGAGAGAGCGAUCAAAGAUGCCUACUGCAAUCGCACAUGUGGGCAUUGCGCACACGAGAGCGCUGAGACACAACAGGAGUGCGCAGCGAGCACACAGCUGAACGCAGACGCUCCCCAGGCGGCACAGGAACAGGCCGGGCGCAAUCAUCCCCACGGUCCUGACCAGCAAGGUUUUAGACCCCAGUGGCACGAGCAAGGUGGGAAGGUAGUUCACAGCCAACACAAGUUUGAAUUAGGCCAGAGGCAGGAGGCGGGGUACAUACACCAGAUACAACAGGAUGCCGCCGGGCCCUGUGAACGGGAGACGGACACGUGCAAGGUAAUGCUCACAUGCCAGACGGAAGGAAUCCCUGGUACGACCAAGUGCUGCUGCACGUGCCCCACUCUUUUUGCCGACGGGAAUCGGGAGCAUGAACCGUGUCAGUGUUACGGGGAGAAUAGGUUGUGUGAUUGUCACGAACUGCCGAAUAAAAGGGAGACCUGCCAGUGCCAGAAGCACCCCGAAUGUCACCCGCCGUCACGGAGUCGUUGACUUCGAGCAUGACACUAGUCUUACCUUGGGAUAGGGCGGGGCAACCCCUGACAGCAUCCAUGUGGGAGAGAUGAACACGAGUCCAACCUCACACCCAUAGAGAUUCAAUAAUGCCAACGGUUUGGCAGCUUGUUAACUCACUCGGCGACAAAGAUCGGCAAAUAAUUGGAUUGAUCCUUAAAUAUAAUAUGCCGUGUUUCACCUGUCUUCCAUGUGUGUGUCAGCGGGUCGCCCUCAUCCUCUCUCAGGAGUACAUGUGAUUGUCAUGUUCCCUAAUGGCCCUCCUCCAUUCCGCUCUCUCCAUCCUUUAUGAAGCCAGACGCAGAAACUAUAAGCUCUAGUGGCGUCUGUAUGAAGUCCGGCAGGAGAGAGAGAAGAGGGUAGUUCAGGAACACAAGAAACACGUUAAACAUGUCAAAGGGAAGGAUUGGAGAUUAUGUAAGGAAUUAGAAGAAGAAAAAAUAAAAUGUAUAGAGAAUCUGCAAAAAGAGAUGCAAAUAAAAUCAGAUUGUGUGAAUUAAUUGAAGAAGGUUGCAGUCAAUGCGAAAAAAAUGUGUUGGUGAAACCUAAAAAGCAUUAGUCCGUUACCGGGGGAAAAAAGAAUCCUCACAACGUGUAAAAGUGUAUACCACUGAUGUGUGUGUCUGUUGCACACGCUAUAUAUCUUUAGCUCAUAUAAUAAUAAUAAUACUUACAAUAUAUAUAGCGCUUUUCUCGACACUCAAAGACACUUGGACUGCCAUGAAUCACUUUAUUCUUUGUUUUGUUCUUAGCCUGCAAGCUUAAACAUGUAUCAGGCGUAUCUGUAUCCACAAACAUGCACAUUGAAUAUGCAGAGUGUUUAGUAUUCCCUUUCAAGGAAAACAAAAUUAAAAUACACAAGACUCUAUUGUUUGGAAAAGGCCAGAGGGGAAAAUGAGAGUGAAGCGAUGUUGGAAUACACUCUGUACUCAUUGAUGGUUUCAGCGGGAAGAUGAUGGGUUACCCUGGAAACCGGAUGCUUGCACAGAGAACUGUAUUGUGGUAGGCUGUCAAUAGUUGAAUAAAGAUGGUUGAGUUACCUUA